AUGGCAAUGCCUACUCUCCCCGUUGUAGCCAAAUCAGCACUCUUCAUAGCAUUCUCCAUCUUGCUAACCAUCUCCCUCUUCACCUCCUUCCCAUUCCAAAUCCCCAACUUCCUCCCCAUCACCACCACCACAACCCCCAAUCCUUCUUCUCAUCCCAUCAUCACAAUCCCCGACCCACCCGACCCAACCUUCUACGACGAGAGCACUCUUUCCUACUCGGUCGGGCGACCCAUCCCUGACUGGGACGCGAAACGAGCCCGAUGGUUGAACCUCCACCCAUCGUUCUCGGUCGAGAAGAACCGGGUCAUUCUAGUCACGGGGUCUCAGCCUUCCCCGUGCAGGCACCCGACGGGAGACCACCUCCUGCUCCGUAUGUUCAAGAACAAGGUCGACUACUGCAGGAUCCACGGGCACGAAAUCUUCUACAACGACGCCCUGCUCCACCCGAAGAUGACCGGUUACUGGGCCAAGUACCCGAUCAUCCGGGCGGCCAUGGUGGCCCGAUCAGAGGCUGAGUGGGUCUGGUGGGUCGACUCGGAUGCGGUCUUCACUGACAUGGGGUUUCGAAUCCCGUUCGAGAAGUACAAGGGCUACAACUUGGUGGUGAACGGGUGGAAGGAGCUGGUCUAUGGAGAGAAGAAGAAGAGCUGGACCGGGUUGAACGCCGGAGUGCUCUUGAUUCGAAACUGCGAGUGGUCGAUGGAGCUGAUUGACGAGUUGGUGAAGAUGGGUCCCCAAUCCGCGGAGUAUGCGGAUUGGGGGAAACGGCAGAAGGAGGUUCUGAAGGACAAGUUGUUUCUCGAAGCCGAUGACCAGUCCGGCCUCAUUUACUUGCUAAUCAACAACGGCACCGGCGCCGGCAAAGGGCGAGAGUUCAGGGAGAAAGUCUACCUGGAAGACGAGUACGAUUUCCAGCGGUACUGGUUGGACCGGGUGGGUUCGUUCGAGAAUGUGACUCGGGACUACGACGACGUAUUGGAGGGGAAGGAUGGAGGCGUUUUAAGGCGGAGGCACGCCGAGGGAGUGAGCCAGUUCUACGGCGGGAUGCUAGAAGAGCGGAUCAAGGAGUGGGAUUGUAAGAAGAGGAGGUCGCUGAUCACGCAUUUUACAGGGUGCGAGCCGUGUUCCGGCGAGCACAAUCCGAUGUACAGCUGGGGAGAUUGCUACGAUGGGAUGGUGAAGGCUUUGAAUUUUGGUGAUAAUCAGGUUUUGAGGAACUACGGGGAGAAAGUCUACCUCGAAGAUGAGUACGAUUUCCAGCGGUACUGGUUAGACCGGGCGGGUUCGUUCGAGAAUUUGACUCGGGACUACGACGACGUAUUGGAGGGGAAGAACGGCGGCGUUUUGAGGCGGAGGCACGCCGAGGGAGUGAGCGAGUUCUACGACGAGAUGCUGGCAGAGCGGAUCAAGGAGUGGGAUCGUAGUAAGAGGAGGUCGCUAAUCACGCAUUUUACAGGGUGCGAGCCGUGCUCCGGCGAGCACAAUCCGAUGUACAGCUGGGAGGAUUGUUAUGAAGGGAUGGUGAAGGCUCUGAAUUUCGCUGAUAAUCAGGUGCUGUGGAAUUACGGGUUUGUUCGUCGGGAUUUGAUGGAUUCUUCUCGAGUUUCUCCUCUGCCCUGA